CCCGGCGGGAUGAGGCUCCCGGUGUCCCUGUGGCUGCCGCUGGCCCUGGGGGUGGCCGCGGUGGCCGCGGUGGCCGCGGGCCAGUCCCCGCUCCAGCGGCGCGUGGUCCGCGAUGUGCUGGAAUAUUUCCACGGGCGCAGCAAUGUCCAUUUCCUCUUCAAGGAGCGGGACGUGGACGGGGUCAUCGAGCGGGAGGACCCUUCGGGGACGUUCGUGCAGCUCCGCCUGGGCCUGGCACAGACGGCGUGUCGGAAGCGAGCGCCGCAGCGGCACUGCCGGGUGCUGGAGAGCCGGAGGAAGCCGACCUGCCUGGCCUGUUACAAGUUCGACAACAGUGACGUCCCCAAGGUGCUCGACAAGUACCACAACUGCGGCCCCAGCCACCACCUGACGGCCAAGGAGAUCCGGCAGCGGGACGAAGCCGAGUGCCGGGCGGUGGAGGAGGCCGGGAAAGGGGGGGACAUACUGUACCUGCCCGGAAUGUUCGCCUUCUCCCGGGGGCUGCCAGCCUAGGCACCACAGCACCGAUGGACGCUGCCACCGCGGUCCCGGCCUCUCCUGCUUGUCACCCCCCAGCACCGUGUGACCGAGGACGGUCCCGGACGUGUCCCCACCCCCUGCCUGUGCCCGCUCCCCAGUAAACCCAGCGCUGGCUCCGCUCUCACGGCUCUCAUUGCCAUCACCCGUGUCACCCACUCGUGUGUCACCUGCUGUCCCCAGGAGUGACAGACAGGGACGUGACGGGUGCAGGCUGAGCACUGGAGACCCCUGAGGGACAGGACAGAGGGACACCAGAGGGUGGGACAUGUUUAAUGCACGGUACCACCGUGUCCCCUGUCCCCGAGAUGUCCCACAGCCGGGGCCGGGCUCCCCGCGGCUGCUCUGGUGUUCCCUGGGGAUCCUGUGGUGACACUGGGGAGGUCCCAUGAUCCUGCUGUGGGCUCUGGUGGCUCUGGGGGUAUCCUAGCUCCAGUGUGGGGGUCCCACAGCUCAGAAGAUAGAGGAGACAGGCUUGUGGUGGCUCUGGGGGUAUCGCGGUGACGGUGUGGGCUCUGGGGCAUUUCCUGGAUCCAUUUUUGGGAUCUUUGGCUAAGAAAAUGAAGUUGGGCAGGGGUGGCA